UUCUCAUCGUAUUCAAUCCAAGAGUUUUCAGGCAAGGGAUUUUAAAGUCUGGGUUUAUGGCCUGGUUUGGACCUGGUUUUUGUUGAAACUUGGUUGGUCUUGAAAGAAAAUUGUAGCUGUUGAUACGAGUAGUAGUGCUAAAGAAACAAAACAAGCACCCGUAGAUCGUUCGAAGUCUCUACUUAACUAAGUACAUGGUUGAUUUAGACAUUCAUAUCCCUACUACUUUCGAUCCAUUCGCUGAGGCUGGGGAAUUUGGUGGCACUGGAACCAAGGACUAUGUGCAUAUACGAAUUCAACAGAGGAAUGGGAAGAAAAGCUUGACAACAGUUCAGGGGCUGAAACAAGAUUUGAGCUACGAAAAGAUCCUCAAGAGUCUAAAAAAGGAGUUCUGUUGUAAUGGGAAUGUUGUGAAUGACAAAGAGCUAGGCAAAAUCAUUCAACUCCAAGGUGAUCAACGCAAAAACGUGUCACACUUCCUCGUUAAUGCUGGCAUAGUGAAGAAGGAUCAAAUUAAGAUUCAUGGUUUUUAGGACCUGUGAAGUUGAUGCUGCUGCUCUUUUAUGAAUUAGGACCUUUGAAAAAUAAAUUUCUAGGCUGUCUCUCGUUUGGUCUUGUUUCCAUUCCACAGCCCCUGGUGGGUUGAAACCAUAAUGGAAUGUAAUGUUGGAGUUUCAUUAAUAAUGUUGGAUUUUAUUUGCUUUCAA